AUGGCGUCUCAGACUGCCGACUCGGCGCCUUCGUCCUCUGCGGCUCCCAACAUCGAAGCCUGGAAGGCGGCAGUGACAAAGCGCAUCUUCACUGUCACCCUCGAUGGCAACGAAGCACAGCAGACCGACUUCAGACUGACUUGCCUGUACGAGCUCGCUGACGAGCUCAAGCAAGAAGGGCAGGACCCACCUCGCCUGGACCCCUCCAUUGCGGAUCGCAUCCUGAUAGCUCGCCUUUCCCUCGAUCCCCAAGGCGAUGUCAUGACUGAAGAUGCAAUGAUCCUGUCGACUUUAGCCAGUUUAGAUGAACAGGAGACUAGCUGGGAUUGGCUCAUUGCCUGUUGGAGACGCUGCAGGCAGGAGGUCCCAAAGGCCAAAAAGGGUCUGGGCUCUUAUGUUCCGCAAGGCGUCUCCGCCCUUGAAGAAAUUUCUGCCCUCAUCGUAUCUUACGCAGGCCUCCUUCUCACAACGCCGGACAUGUUUCCGCGCCAUAAGAAAGGAGACGAGACUCUUUCGCCUCUCGUCCUCGUGCCGAGCAUUCUCAACAUUGGCGGGGGUGCUGCAUCACAGUCAGCGGUCACCUCGACCAACGCUUCAUGGGCUACGUUGGAUCAGCAUGAGAUGCCGAGCUUCCUCACAGAACUCGCCAAACGCUUCGAUGGCGAUGGGUUGGAGGACAUCCUCGGCCCUGCCGUCAGCGAGGUGACGCGGAAGAUCCGCGAUGGCGCCAGGCAGGACCCUGGGUCGUCCUCAGGUGCCUCUGCCGGACCCUCUUCUAAUGGAAACAAUGCGGCACUGCAAGCUGCCGCUCAGGCCGGAGACAUACAGGCCGUCUUAGCACAGCUCCUGGGAGGAGGUGCCCAGGGACGACCACAGGCAGCAGGUAAUGCGGCUGGUGCAGCAGCAGCUGGGCUUGAUCCCUUCGGCAGAGCAUUGAGAGCUUCUUCUGCAAGUCAGGGAAUGCACCUUGGUGGCUUCGAGUGGAGAGGAUACGUGGCGCCGGUCGUAGAGCUGACAGACAACAAGCAAAUCGCUGUCUGUCUAGUCAACCUCUCGCAAUUUGAUCCGGCGAGCGCCACGGCUCCACGGCUCGAGCUCGACUCUCUCUUUGGUCCUUUGCUCCGGUUGAGCACAUUCACCGACUCCUCGGCGACACUCACAGAGGAAUAUUUCUCGAAUCCGACUGCUCGUUCCAAAGGAGAGAUGGAGAGCAACACCAACUCUCUACGUCAGACUCUAGACAUCAUCCACGGCUUCCACUUUAGGCUGUUCAAUUCCCUCGUUCGGUCUUCACCGGCCUCGAGAGAAAAAGUCUUGCAGUACUGGGCACACGUCGCUGAUCUCAACCGCAAGAGAGGGGCAAUGAGAGUCAAGCAAGACCAAGUCUCUACAGAUGGCUUCACAGUGAACAUCUGGGAGACCCUGCAACGCUUCGCGGAGCCUUUCAUGGACGCCGGUUACACCAAGAUUGACCGCAUCGAUCCUGAGUAUCUCAGAAGGCAGAAGCGUUACGAUGCAUCGACUCUGACGCGCCUGAAUGCAUCUGAACCCGAAGCUCAGAAAUGGGUGGAUUCUGCUCCGGAGGCAUCGGCUCCUGCCAAUUUCAUUACAGAGGUGUUCUUCCUUCUUGCCCGUAUGACCAAUUUGGGUCCUGGCAAGGCAAUUCGGUCGUACAAUGAAAAGGAAGAGGACUCGCGGCGGUUGAGUAAGCGGAUCAAGGAGACGGAGGAGAGCAGGGCCAUCUGGGGGUCCACUCCUCAGGCUGCACAAUACGAAGCUUACAUCAAACGUGGCAACGCAGAGGUGGAGAAGCUCAAAGCUGAAUGCCUUGCUUCGGUUGCGCAGCUGCUCUCGCCGGGAUUCGUCGAUCGGCUGAUCCACGCCACCAGCUUCACUAUGACUUGGCUAGUACGGCUUGCUGACACAAGAGGGCUACAUCCCAAAGAGUUGGUUCAACUUCCUCUGGCACAGGAGGUCCCGGAAAACUUCAGGAUGCUGCCAGAACACAUUUUCGAGGACGUCUGCGACAUCCUGCUCUUUCUAGCCCGUCACAAGCCUGAUUCGCUUCCCGAGGCCGUCAAGAAAGACUUUGUCACUUUCACAGUCACUUUCCUGUCCUCCGGUUGGUUCAUCAAGAAUCCCUUCUUGAAGGCCAAGCUGGCUGAGAUUAUGUGGUGGAACGUGAUUCCAUUUGGCUACUCGCAGACAGGCAUACUAGGUGAUGUCAUCAACUUCCAUCCUCUGGCGCUCCAGCACCUCGUCCCAGCCUUGAUGAGCUUCUGGGUUGAAGCCGAGUCGACUGGUAGUCACACACAGUUCUACGACAAGUUCAAUAUCCGCUUCCAUCUUUCUCAGAUCUUCAAGGUAAUCUGGUCCAACCCAGAGCACAUGUCGAGGAUUCAUCAGGAGUCCAAGGGCAAUUCUGAAAAGUUUGUCGUCUUCAUCAAUCGGCUGAUGAACGACGUCACCUUCCUGCUCGAUGAUGCGCUGGAAAAGCUGGCAGAGCUUCACUCCAAGCAGCAGCAGAUGGACGAUUCUGCCACUUGGAACGAGCGGAGUGCCGAGGAACGGCAAGAGAUUGAGUCGCACACUACCUCCAUCCAGGGACAGAUUCGAUCGAUGCUCUCAUUCGGCAACGAAUUCCUUCGACUCCUCAUCGACUUCACGGCGCAGACGAAGGACGCUUUCAUGACGCCCGAAAUCGUUUCACGUCUCGCCGCUAUGCUCGACUACAAUCUCGACCUGAUGGUGGGUCCACGCUGUACCGAGCUGAAGAUCAAAGAUCCGAAAAAGGUCGGCUUCGAGCCCAGACAUCUUUUGCAACAGAUUCUCUCCGUCUACCUCAACUUGUCCUCGCGAUCUGAGUUCACCAAGGCGAUCGCAGACGAUGGUCGCUCCUAUCGCAAGGCCACCUUUGACAAGGCUUGUGGUGUGGCUGCACGCCAUGGCCUCAAGUCGCCUUCUGAAGUCGAGGAGCUCCAGAGAUUGGUGACACAGGUGGAGCGCGUGAUUCAGGAGGACAAGGAGGAAGAAGAGGAUCUGGGCGAGGUACCCGACGAGUACUCGGACCCACUCAUGGCCACGCUCAUGAGGAACCCAGUCAUCCUCCCUUCAAGCAAGGCUAUCGUCGAUCUGAGCACGAUCAAGAGUCAUCUGCUGAGCGAUAGCAGUGACCCUUUCAAUAGGGCGCCGCUGAAGAUUGAGGACUGCAAGCCGGCUACGGAGCUCAAGGAGGAGAUUGAGAACUGGAUCAAGGAGAGGAAGAGGGGCAAGUAG